CUAGUGAUGGGUCAUGCGCACAAGCAUCGGCUCUGAGAGCCGGCUCUUUGUAGUGAAUCAGAAGAGCCGGCUCGCAUCGAGUGAGAGCCGGCUCCCAGUUUUUUGCCCAUUCGCUGCUUAGGUUUCACUUUCACAGAGGUCUGUUAUGAUUGGCCAGCAUGGCGACCAGCAUGCGGCAUUCACGUGAGAAUUAAGGAUGUGUAAACAGAGAGGGGGCGGGGCAGACACACCACUUGACUCCACUGCAAGUGAAGAGAGAGACAGAGCGGACUGAGGAGCGUGUGUGCGUCUUGCAUUGUCGUGUCGUUUAACUAUGAGUGACACUAGAAAGCGAAGCAGCAUCUGGCUGCAGUUUAAAGAUAUUGGGAACAAGAAAGCAGAGUGCCUUCACUGCAAAACGAAGGUCACUAUAAGAGCAGGUUCCACCACAAACCUGCAUAGACAUACAAGAACUGUCCAUCCUACAGUGCAGUUAGAGGAGAGAGGGCAAGCCAGCUCACCAUCUACUGAUCCUGGUGUGUCUCAUACCAGAACAACAGCUGCUGUAACGUCUACUGCCAUCCCCAUGCGUGCAAGUAUAACCUCUCCUACUGCAACUCAAAGCAAAAUAAGUCAGUUUUUACCUAAACUGAUGACCCCAGCCAAACAGCACAGUAUUGAUGAUGAGUUGGCUAAAAUGGUAGCUUCUGAUUUUCAACCCUUUUCCAUUGUGGAGGACAAAGGAAUGAAAAACUUUGUCAAAGCCCUAAAUCCCACAUACACUCUACCCAGUAGAAAAACACUUUCCCAAACAAUGAUCCCAAAACUAUAUGACACAGAACGUGCAUUAUGGCAAGAAAGGGUGACAAAAGCUCCAUCAGUUUGCCUGACAACUGACUGCUGGACCUCCAGAACAACCUGCUCUUUCAUGUCUGUCACUUGCCACUUUAUUGAAGAUUACAAGAUGACAUCUUGCCUUCUGGACUGCUUCGAGUUCACCGACAGACACACUGCAGAAAACUUGGCAGUGGAGCUACUAAGAGUGGCAAAAGAGUGGCAAGUAGAGGACAAAGUGGUGUGCUGUGUGAGUGAUAAUGCUGCAAACAUCACCAAAGCCAUAAAAGUUUUGAAGUGGACCCAUCACCCAUGUCUGGCGCAUACACUAAACCUGGUGGUUAGAGAUGCUCUGAAGGUGAUCAAAACAACCGUGGAUAAGGUGAAGGCUGUUGUGGAGUUUUUCCACAAAAGCACAGUAGCAGCACAGAAGCUAAAGUCCACACAGCGCCAAAUGGGGAUUCCUGAACUGAGGCCCAAACAAGAGUGUGCCACCAGGUGGAACUCAACAUUUGAUAUGUUGAAACGAAUGCUUGAAAUAAAAGAUGCCAUCAUCUCCACCCUGGCCCUCAUCAACGCAUCUAUUGAGCCAUUAAGCCAAGAGGAAUGGGAGCUGGUGAAAGAGGUCUGCGCCGUCCUGCAACCAUUCCAGGAGGUGACUGUGGAGAUAAGUGCAGACAGGUACCUAGAACCAUGAAGCAUUGUUUUCUCUACUACUAUUCAGUCACUAUUAUACAUUGCAAACACAACACAUACAGUAUAAUGCAUCACGUAUAAUAUGCCACAUACUUUUAAAAAACUAAAUUCUAAAAGUUGCUGUUUUCUCUCCUUCAGCUAUGUCACAGCCUCGAAAAUGCUCCUGCUUUGCAAAGGUCUGCAGCUGGUGACAGCCGAGAACCAAUGGACAGUAACUGUGCAGAAAGUGAAGGAAUUAGUUGCAGCUCUUUGUUCAGCCAUGGACCGCAAAUUUCUGCGGAUGGAGUACAACACUGUCCUUUCAGAAAACUACCUUAUUGGAUCCAAGGUUUAAAAAACUUGCCUUCAGUGAUCGUAGAGCUGUUGAUGAAGCUCUUCAGAGGAUUAGUGCAGCAGCAGCAGCAAAAUGCACCCCCAGCAGCCAGCCAGCUCCACCAUUACAGGGCCAAGUGGAGGAGGAGCAGCAAACCUCUGCUGUUUGGAGGCUUUUUGAUGACAGAGCUACAGGAGAUGCUUCAAGGAGAAAUCCGACAGCUGAUGCUAUAAUGGAGGUGAGGAGCUACCUUGAGGAGCCCCUCAUCCAGAGAGCAGAAGACCCACUGAGCUGGUGGCAGGCCAAGGCCUCAGUCUUUCCACUCCUGGUGAAGGUGAUGGAGGGGAGACUAUGUAUUGUUGCCACAUCAGUUCCUUCUGAGAGAAUCUUCUCCAAAACAGGGCAGAUACUCACGGAGAGGCGAAAUCGUAUCAGGCCUAUCAGCCCAUCCAAGCUGAGGCAUCUGAUCUUCCUGAAUGCCAACCUGCCCUGAGGACUAAUGCUGUUUGCUGGAGUUUGGUUCUGGUUUUGAUUCUGUUCUGUGGAUUUGUUUGAAGUUUAUUGUUAAUUUGUGCAAUAAAAAAGUUUAAUUGAAAUAAACAAAUGUAAGAGUGGUUUUGUCACAGAAUAAAUGCACAGAAUUAGGCAUUAUAAGGUCUCUCAUAAAAACACUGAAAGCAAAAGGGUUUUCAACACAUAAACCAUGAUUUUUUUUCAAAGUUAAGGUAAAAUAUAGGCUACAAAAGAUCCUAAAUAAAGAGCCGUUCGGGAGUCGAAAGAGCCGGCUCUUCUUUGGGAGCCGAGUCAAAAGAGCCGGCUCUCAGAAAAGAGCCGAACUUCCCAUCAUUAACAGCUACUGUGUAGACAGACAGGAAAAGUUCAAACU